CGAAUAGUUACAGCAUGGUCUUGCUGCGAAACUGUCUGUGUCUGGCUCGUAGUCUGACGGAAUGUUUGCCCUCCAGGAAGUGUGUCAUAUGAGAACAAAGAUAAAGUACAGUCCAGACAAAAUGUGGUAUAUCGCAGCAAUGAUUAGAGGAAUGUCAAUAGAUGAAGCCAUCAAACAAGUGUCGUUCUACAAGAGGAAGGGAUCGGCUGUGGUCAGAGAGGUUUUAGAAGAAGCUCAGGAAAUUGCAGUCAGAGAUCAUAAUGUGGAAUUCAAAUCAAAUCUCUGGGUUGAGAGCUCAUUCAGUGGAAAAUCUAUCGUCAUCAAAGGUUUGCGAAAACACAGAGGCCCUAGGUACGGAACCAUCCAUUAUCGGUACUGUAAUUACUUUGUGCGACUGCGAGAAGGCACCCCACCCAAACACUACUACCCUCCACCCCUGACGGGCUAUGAACAGAUGGAAGAGUACCUCAAAGAACAGAGAGCUAGGCGCAUCCUCUACUCACUCUGAUUGGCCAGUUGGUUGAUGAUGACAGUGGUGGUUUUCUAGUUAAGUACGCCCGUGACAAGCCAUCGGCGUAUUGGUACCUGAAGUGAUGUAUGUCUAUGACAUGAGUGGAUACAGUAUCUGUAGAAACGUUGCUUCUGUUGACAGUGAAAACAGACGAUCAUUUCCUUUGUGGAGUUUGUGCCUGAUGGUGUUGUCUUCCAGUGCUAAUGUGUAGCUGUUUUCAUGCUACCUUGAAAGUCAAUUUAAUGGAAUGUCACUGCAAUGGGGGAAUGUUUAAGACUUCAAAAUUAGCGUUAAAUUUUGAUUUAAUGCUUGGUAUAAUGGAAUACAUGUAGGCCAGCCACUCAGCCAGUCAUUGUAUACAAAGUACAUUGUAUUUCAUUGGGGUGUCAUGCCUGGUGUUCACAGCACACUGUUAUAGUGACCCAGCUCUAAAUGUACCAGAGUGUUGGCAUUUGAACUGGCUUGCUACAUGUCACACGUAUAGUGCUGAUAUAAUAUGACUAUUCCAACAAAGUAUGAAACCUACGCAAAACCCAAACCAAACACGAUCGUGCAUCAAACAUUGUAUGGGAGUUUCUUUUACAUAGAUUAGUAUAUGUUGAUGAAAUGUUGCUAAAAAAAAUUUUGUGGAAUGUAAGUGUGAAUUGUUUGUACAGGAGUAUCUUGAAAAUAGCAGUCAAGGUCAUGAAUCAUGGCAGAGGUCAAAACUACUGCAAUCUUCAUCAGCUUAUUGGUAUACUCGGUACUGUGUUUCAUGGUCAGACCUUCACCCUGCUAAAUCUGUCAAGAUCUCAGUUUGAAAAUUUUGCCCUCAAAAGGGGGCAUCAAAAUUUUUAGAAUGAAAAUGAAUGAAGCGAUGUAAUUCCCGAAAUUGAAAAA